AUGGACAUCAUCUCCGUGGCUACCUUCAUCUUCCUCUUCUUCGCGGGACGAGCCGUGGAUUUGAUCCACACGUUCCUGAACAGCACUCUCCCUCCCGUCGCCAUCGGCGCCCUCCUCUUCAUCCUCCCACCCUACCUCUUCCUCAAGCUCCUCCUCUUCGCCUUCCGCUCCGCCUUCAGCGAGGACGUCGCCGGCAAAGUCGUCCUCAUCACCGGAGCUUCCUCCGGCGUCGGCGAGCACCUCGCAUACUCGUAUGCGAAGAGAGGGGCGUGCUUGGCACUGGUUGCGAGGAGGGAGAACCGCUUGAGAGAUGUUGCCGACAUGGCUUAUCAAUUGGGCUCUCCUGAUGUGGUCGUCAUCCAGGGAGAUGUGUCCAGGGCAGAAGAUUGCGAGAGGUUCAUUGAUCGAACGAUUGACCAUUUUGGCCGCCUGGAUCACCUGGUGACUAAUGCUGGGAUAGCCCCCAUGUGCAUGUUUGAGGACUGCCCCGACGUCACUAAGCUCUGCCCUGCAAUGGACGUCAAUUUCUGGGGUUCGGUGUAUAGCAGUUACUUUGCUCUUCCCUACCUGAAGAGAAGCAGAGGAAAGAUUGUAGCGAUAGCUUCGGCAGCCGGGUGGCUUCCAGCCCCAAGAAUGUCCGUCUACAACGCAAGCAAGGCGGCCGUAAUAAGCUUCUAUGAGACAUUGAGGACAGAAUUGGGAUCAGAGAUUACCAUAACCAUUGUGACUCCAGGCUUGAUUGAAUCAGAAAUGACUCGAGGAAAGUUCCUUUCGAAAGAAGGUCGCAUGGUUUUGGAUCCUCAAAUGAGAGAUGUGCAAGUGGGGGUGAUGCCGAUAAGGUCGGUGGAAGCGGCGGCGGAGGAAAUAGUGAAAGGGGCAUGCCGUGGAGACAACUACUUGACGGAACCAGCAUGGGUGAAGUCGACCUUCUACUGGAAGGUUUUUUGCCCCGAGGUAAUUGAAUGGUGCAACCGGUUGUUGUUGGUGGCCGGAACUCAGAGCUCAGAGAGGAAUGCACUCAACCUCAGAAUAUUGGAGCUAACUGGGUUAAAGCGACUCGUGUAUCCUCCGUCUGUCCAGUUCCCGGACCUCGCCGAAAGAAGUCGCUAGACCAGGUGAUUGCCCGUGGCAUCCAACAUGUGGACAAGAUUUAAGUGUUUAAAAGCAUAGAUAGUCAACUCGUGUGUGUGAGUUCAGUACCUAGGUUCCAGUUCAUACAAGUCUUGGUCAUGACUCGUAAUAGCUUAGCUGCUCGUGGACAACAAAUAAACGUGCUUUUGCUCCUGGAAGAG